GCUGGACUGAGGGGGCCUAGAACUAACUCUUAAGAUGUGUCAUUGGAUUAGCAUGUGCGCCUUUGUCUUUAGCCCUCUCCAGUCGCACACAACAACUUAAGAGCUGCAUCUCAUGUACAAGACUCUCAACGGAACCAUCUUCAUGGUGCAGUUUCAUGACUUCAUUCUUUAGGAUGAAGAAUGUGAAGAUAUUACAUUUGCCGCUGCUUUUUGUGUUUGUGCAUCCCUGCUUUGCACAGGCAGACUUUGCCCCCUAUUUCUACGACAAUGGACCGUACAGCUUUAAUGGGAACAUGGCACUGUUCAGCCUCUCAGAGGAUACGGCUGUCGGUACACAGAUCUAUUGUCUCAAUGGCACAGACCCUGAGGGCCAGGAGGUGAGGUAUGGUCUUUCCUUUGAUCCAGGGUCCAAAGAAUACUUCAAGGUUGACCCAAUAUCCGGAAACAUCACAUUGGUAGAACAGCUGGACAGAGAGAAACAAGAUUCUAUUGACGUUCUUGUUAGCAUCACAGAUGGGCAAAGCAAGGUUGUGGAAAGAGUCACAAUAUUUGUGAUGGAUGCAAAUGAUGAAAAACCUGAAUUCCUAAACAUGCCGGCAAUCAUUGAUGUACUGGAAACAAGUGGGUCCGGCAGCAGCAUCUACAAAGUCGAGGCAGUGGACAAAGACACAGGCUCAGGCGGCUCAGUCACCUUCUUCCUCCAGAAUCCUCAGUCCACUUUGUUUGCCAUAGACCGACACAGUGGUGUCCUUCGUCUCAAGUCUGGAGAAAUGUUGGACUAUGAGAAAACAAAGACACACUUUGUGACUGUCAUUGCAAGGGAUGGUGGUGGGGAUUUUAAUGGCAAGGAGCAGUUUAUGUCAUCCUCUGCUACCCUGACGAUCAAUGUUAUUGACACACAGGACACUUCGCCCUUUUUUAUUGGGACACCGUAUUUUGGCUACGUUUAUGAAAUCUCAGAGCCAGGAUCAGAAAUAUUCACUGUUGUAGCCAAAGAUGGCGAUGCAGGAAACCCAAAUCCAAUCCGUUAUUCCUUUGACGAUGGUGACGAUGGUGUAUUUAGCAUCAAUAAAACAAGUGGUUGUAUCACGCUGCUGACUCUCCCCAUGUAUCUGAAGAGAGAAAUCUUUAACAUUAAAGUAAAGGCAUCAGAAGUAAGUCCUGAAGGCAGACUCAUGGACUAUGAGGUGACCACGGUGGUGAUCCGUGUGGUGGACCUGAACAAUAAUCCACCUACAUUCUAUGGGGAGAACGGCCCACAGAACAUGUUUGAGUUGACCAUGUAUGAGCAUCCACCGGAGGGAGAGAUACUCCGGGGGCUGAAAAUCACUGUCAAUGACUCCGAUCAGGGUGCGAAUGCUAAAUUUAAUUUGAAACUGAUCGGACCAGGAAGGAUGCUGCGAGUUGUCCCUCAGACUGUACUCAAUGAGGCCCAGGUCACAAUCUUAGUAGAAGACUCUGCGGCGAUGGACUAUGAGAAACAUCACUUUCUCACAUACAAGCUACUUGCAGUUGAGAUCGACACACCCGAGAGAUUCAGUGCCACAGCAGACAUUGUCAUUCAUCUCCUGGACACUAACGACAACGCUCCCAAAUUCUCUUCAGAUUACUACAUCGCCAGAAUUCCAGAAAACUCACCCGGUGGCUCCAAUGUGGUGUCAGUCACGGCAACAGAUCCCGACUCAGGACCUUGGGGUGAAGUGAAGUACUCUAUCUACGGAUCUGGGGCUGACUUAUUCCUGAUCCAGCCUGUGUCUGGGAUCAUCUACACCCAGCCGUGGGCGAGCCUGGAUGCGGAGGUGAGAUCCAAGUAUAACUUCUAUGUGAAGGCAGAGGACGCAGAGGGGAAGUACAGCCUGGCUGAGGUCUUUGUGACUGUGUUGGACCUGAAUGACCACCCACCUGCAUUCAAUGACAACUUCCUCGAGAAGACUAUGGUGAUUGGAGCACCAGUGAAAAUAGAGGCUGUAGACGACGAUGCAGAAGUACCUAACAAUGUCAUCGAGUAUGCCAUCAUGAAAGCUGAGCCAGACAACAACAUCUUUGACAUUAAUGCUGACACAGGGGAGAUCAUGCUCAAGUCCUACAUCAAGUCAAUGGCCAUCAUUCAGAACAUCACCAAGCAGAGAGACUGCACCUGGUCUCUAGUGGUGCAGGCCAGGGACCGAGGCCAGCCGUCCUUCAGCACCACUGCAGUCAUCAAGAUCGACAUCACUGAAGCUACCCAACUCAAUGGGGGGCCUUUGGGAUCAUUUAUGAUGCAAAAUAGAAACAAGCCUUUGCAAAUCCUAGGCAUGCUUGCUGGUGUCAUUAGUCUCAUGGUCAUUGUCACAGUCAUCAUCUCCACUGCAACAUUCAUGCGCAACAAAAAGUCCAACAGGAUCCUGCCCAACCGCCGCGUAAGGAGGAGGGCGCGGAAACAGCAUACCUGGAACUUAAAAAACCCUUUCAAGACACCAGAAACUGCCGGAGAGAAAUUCAGAGUGGAAGAAGAAGAGCUGGAGCCAGAGGUCAUCGUGGAGAAUGUCAACUAUAACAACAAUGUGACCAACGUUGUGAGACAAUGGCCUCUGCCGCCGUGUGCCCCAUCGCUUCCCCCUCCACCACCCCCUUACCUCCCAGGUGAAAGGCAGUGGGCAGUACCUACCGUCUCAGCAACAGUGGCACCCAAACCUAGAAAGAAGCCAUUUAUGAACAGACAGGACACUGUGAACUUGGCGCUGGUUUCAGAGCUCAAGAUGAAACUGGAGCAGAAGAGGAUGCUGAAACACUAACAGUGCUUCGCAAAACAGUCACACUUGAAGGUCCAUUUAGUAGCGGCCCUUGAGCUUUCAUGAUCUUUAGAUGUUCAAUACCACCAUACAUUCUUUUUUUCAUCCAUGUUGUUGCAAAGAAAAAAAGAACACAAGUGGGCAGACUUUAUUUGAAAAUGAUGAAGAUGGCGUGUUGUAAUCGAAAGCUCCGGGAUAGCUGCUAAAUGGUCCUUGAGGUGAGAUUGUUUUGUCGACUGAUGUUUCCAAGGACAAGAAUGAACUUUGGAACUCAAGUCUGUGUGUGUGUGUGUGCAUGUGUGUGCGUAUGUGUGUGUGUGUGUGUGUGUGUGUGUGUGUGUGUGUUUUCAGAUACACUUACAGCUAAUUUCCCUUGUGUAUCACUGAUGUUAUUUUAAUGUUAUGGGGGAAGACAGUCCCUUCAUGUGUAUUAUCAUUCAGACCAUGUUCUCAAUUCACAACCAUUCAUUUUUUCUUUUAAGUUUCUGUGUCAUUCUGUUACAGAUAAAUCACACCCUUUGAACCCUUUGUUGACACACUAGUGUCUUAAGGUUCCUCACCCUAUUCCCUUAUCGGGAAGAAUGAAGUCAUUCAGAUUUCAA